AUGCAAAACAGCUUGGCAUAAACAGAUAUCGAGUGACUUUGUUUUAGUUAAGAAUAAGCUUGGAGUUCGCAUAAUAUUUCAUUCUGCUCUCAAACAAAUAAAUUCAAAAUGAAAUUCUUAGUCAAAAUUUGCUUGGCCCUUUGUCUAUUCGCCGCUGUUUGUCAUAGUGUGCCAGUGGAACGUGAAACGCUGCUGAGCAUUGAGGAGGCACAACCAGCGUCUGUCGCCGUGGAAGCGCAACCAAAGCAACUUAGAAGAGUGGCACGUCACUUCGGUGGUUUUGGCGGUGGCUAUCCCGGCUAUGGUGGUUAUGGUGGCUAUCCGUAUGGCGGUUUUGGCGGCGGCUAUGGUGGCUAUCCAGGCGGAUUUGGUGGCUAUGGUGGCUUCCCAGCUUACGGUGGUGGUUUUGGCGGUUCCUACAGUAGUGCCUCUGCCAGUGCUGGCUCAUACGGUGGUGGUUUCUAUGGUUAAUCGAACUGCACUGGUGUGCGAAAGUACUUUUAAAGCUAAUUAAUAUAAUUAAAUUAAGUUAAAGUUAAAAAACAAUAUUAUGAGUUGAAGCUGGUGAUUUAAUGUGUAGUGUACAACACAAAACGAGUGCCAAUCAUGACUGUCGAAUUGUGUAAUGAUUUAAAAUGGAAAAUAAAAUUGUGUCCGUUUGUGAAUCCUUA